UUCGUGGUACCUUUGUGCAGACUGCAUGCCAGGAUAUACAGCAGGGGGAGGACAUGCGCCCUUUGCCUCCACUCUCCCGAAGGCAGGAAACCUACAGGAAAGAGCUGGCUGCUGCUGCAGCUGCCUGAGACUCCCUGGCUGUCUCCCUGCUGCUCCUCCAUAGUGUACCAGCAGCAGACACACAUUCAUACAGCCCAGACACAGCACUGGGGAGCUGCUGGAGGGAAGAUGGCGACUCUGGAGUCUCAGCCUUUCUCUCCCCUUCCAGUCAGUGCUCUGCUCCAGGCACAGUACCAGCACCACAGCCCCGGUACUGCGGGGACCAACUUCAGCCUCAGCCUGCCUGUCAACCGCGGCUUGGAGAGAGCUCUGGAGGAGGCUGCAAACUCCGGGAUCCUGAACCUCAGUGCAAGGAAGCUGAAGGAAUUCCCCCGGACCCCCGGCAGCCACGACCUGUCGGACACUGUGCAAGCAGAUUUCUCCAAGAAUAGGCUGACAGAAGUACCGGUGGAAGUGUGUCAUUUUGUGUCCCUGGAAGCCCUCAACUUAUAUCACAAUUGUAUCAAAAUGAUUCCUGAAACAUUAGCACAUUUGCAGAUGCUGACGUACUUAAAUAUAAGUCGAAACCAACUCUCCUCAUUGCCAGCCUGCAUAUGCGGUCUUCCUCUAAAAGUCUUAAUUGCAAGUAAUAAUAAACUUGGAUUUCUUCCAGAGGAAAUAGGUCAACUACAACAGUUAAUGGAGCUGGAUAUCAGCUGCAAUGAAAUAACAUCUUUGCCACAGCAAAUAGGUCUACUGAAGUCUCUGCGAGAAUUAAAUGUAAGAAGAAAUUAUUUGAAGGUUCUACCUCAAGAAAUUGUAGAUCUUCCCUUAGUAAAAUUAGAUUUUUCCUGCAAUAAAGUCCUGAUCCUACCACUUUGUUUUAGAAAAAUGGUGCAAUUACAAGUAUUAGUACUUGAGAACAACCCACUGCAGUCUCCUCCUGCACAGAUUUGUAUUAAAGGCAAAAUACAUAUAUUCAAAUAUUUAAGUAUACAGGCGUGUCAGUUGGAAAAGACGGGUGAUGCAUUUUAUCUUCAUUCCAUUGAAAGACCAAUUCUGCAUCAACAUGUUGAGGAGGAAAGCAUUGAAGACAUAUUCCCAAUAAAGAAGGACUCUGAUUCUGGUGUUGGCAGUGACAGUGGAGAAAAGCGCCUGUCAGCCAUAGAGCCUUGUGAUGAGGAGUCAGCAAGCCCCAGUGUGCCAAUGUCUGACAUUCUGGAAGAAGAAAAUUUUGCAAAAGAAGAUUUAGACCAGCAGUUUAACAACCUAAUGAAAUUGGAUUGUCGUCAAGAUUAUGUCAUGAGUGCCGCUGGCGGGUCAGAAAAAUCAGUGUGCCAAUAUAAAACGGAUGCAGAUGCCAACCACACUGAAUUUAUGAGCUACAGCCAGGAAAAAUCAGCCGAAUUUGAUGAGCCUUUGCAAAUACAAGAAGACUCUCCAUGGUCUAUACACAAUAGCAAGAAGCAUUCAGAAAAUCCAGACAUUAGUACAGGAAUGAUAGACCAGUUAAGAGAAGCUGUUGAUAUGUUGCAGGAUCCUACACGACUAAGUAUGGAAAUUGAAGACAGCACAGAACAGUACAGUUUACAGACUACCUUGUCUGAUCUGAACAAGUCCACAGUAAAUGGGCGAGUGGAGCUACAGAUGUCUCCGAUACUGCAGAAUGACACGCUGACGGAGACUGAGGCAUGUUACAACUCACAGGAAGAGGCUGAAGACAGCACCCCUGCCAUGUCUCCAGUACACAGCACAGCGGCCUUUGGCCUGAAACCUCGAUGUGACCCGUCCCUCACUCUUCCUCCUAUCUCCUUCAACAAACUUACACAGGCACAAAAUAUGGACAGUUAUAACUUGGACAUGUCAUCAGAAGGAGACAUUGACAAUGUAUUCAUUAGACCGCAGAGGAAUCUGGAAUCAGUAGAUCCCCAGUUUACAAUACGAAGAAAAAUGGAACAGAUGAGAGAGGAGAAGGAGCUCACGGAUAACCUGCGUGAGAAUAUUGAAAUGAGAUUAAAGAUCUGUCUUCCUGCAGAUCUGGGAUCUGCCUUGAUGGAUGGCGUUGUUCUCUGUCAUUUAGUAAAUCAAAUCCGCCCCCGAUCAGUAGGAAGUAUCCAUGUGCCCUCUCCAGCUGUUCCUAGACUUAGCAUGGCCAAAUGCAGGAGGAAUGUGGAAAACUUUCUAGACGCAUGUAGAAAAAUGGGAGUAUCAGAGGAGAAACUUUGUUUACCACAUCACAUCCUAGAAGAAAAAGGCUUGGUGAAAGUGAGCAUUACAGUUCAAGCACUGGUAGAUGUAACCACAAUCAAGCAGGCCUUAUUUCUAUGAAACUGCGGUGUCCCGUUUAUUCUGACUGUAACACUAUGCUUUCUAAAGACGGUCGUAAAAGAAUAAUGUUGGAAAAUCAAUGUUGCCUCAGAAAAUGUCUCUGAUAAAGAGAUGCUGAGUGACGUCAUGAUGGGAAGCAGCAUUUCACAUUCCACAAGGAGAAAGCAACAAGCAGAAUUUGCACAGAGUACAGUAUUCAUGUGUACAUUACUGUACAUUCUCAUCCCCUACCACACAGAUUGCUAGACGUCCAUCCUGGCUGCCGUACUUCUCAUCAGAAUGGCAGAAAAGUUACCUAUGCUGGUCGGUGGAGUUCUGGUGUUACCCGCGCUAGUUAUAACAAUUCUGGCAUUACCAAUGCUAGUCAUUAGUGUUCUGCUGUUACUUGUGCCAGUUAUAACAAUUUUAGCAUUACCUGUGCCAAUCGGUUCUGGUGUUACCUAUGGCAGUUAUAACAAUUUUGGCGUUACUUACACCAGUCAUUAGUGUUCUGGAACAGAAUGUUAUUGUAGGUCAUGUUGCACUGUAUUUAUUUCUCUAGCACUAAAUUCCUAAUUCCAAUCCCAGAUUCAAAUUGCUGCUUUAAUUCUGAACAUAUUUGUGAAUUACAGUUUUUCCUUCUAUGUAAAUUGUGUCGCCAUGUCCUAGCUUUCACUGGAUUGUUCUAUGAUGGAAUUUUAGGGGUUUAAAAACAAAACAAAACAGGAUUUCAUUUAUGAUUUUGAACUCACUGCAUCCACUAGAUCUACAGUAUCUGCCCCACUGAGGUAUAUAACAUAAUUAUAUCAUUUGCUCCUCCAGUAAAAAAAAAAAAAAAGAGCAGGGUAGCAGUGAUAGGUUGUGCGAGUAAAGUUAUGGUAUUUUAUAAAAAAAUUUUUUUUUAAAAACCUAACAAUGUUUUUAAUUCCUGCUUUAAACAUGCAAAAAAAAUAAUUAAAGUGCGCUUCACAUGCCUCAGUACUUUCACUAGUUCCUAAUUAAUAUGCUGCAUUCUCAUUAAUACGAGCUAACCCUUCAGCGUUGUCUAAAAUAGGUGUCCUUUCAUAGCAGGGGUGUAACUAGAACUUAGUGGGCCCCAUAGCAACAUUUUGAAAGGCCCCCCAAUGCUUCAGUGGCCACACCGGUUAUUUUAUUCCCCAUCGUAGUGCUCUAGUUCUCAGUAUGCAACAGAGUUCCUCCCAGUUUAUAUUAUGCUACAAUAUAUAGUGCCCUCAGUUCACAUUCUGCCCCAGUUCACACUAUGCCACACAGAGCUCCGAGUUAUGUCACACAGAGCUCCGAGUUCACUUUGUCACACAGAGCUCCGAAUUCACUUUAUGCCACACAGAGAUCCCAGCUCACAUUAUGACAGAGAUUCCCCAGUUCACAUGACUUCAACUGCUUUCUUCUUCCCCUUGUGUUCUGUGCACUGAAACUGAUACAUGUAUACCUCUGUGAGACAGAGCGCUGGUAUUCAGUAAACUGGAUUCAAUACACUACUAUUUUGCUGAA